AUGCCAAGAAUUCGAAAUGAUCCAAAUUUCAAUAUCUGUCUGGACUAUGCAUCAAUUAACUUUGCGAACACGAGAGCACAACUCAUUAAUGAGAACGUCGAUGAAGAACAAGCAAUUCAAUUACUCAGGAACAUAUGGCAAGCUAACAACGAGACAGACAAGGUUUUGUGGCAGCAGCAGUUAGCUGAGGACAGAGAGCAGCGGGAGCAUGCACAAAGGAUACAAGAAGACGAACAGGAACGAGUCAAACAAGAACGCAUCGACGAAGAAGAUGCCGCACGCAAGGAGGAAAGGAAGAAGAAUAAACAUAAGUAUAUUCCAAUCCUGGACACGGGCAUUCCAGACGAACCGUCUGUCACACCUUGCUCAAUGACUGACGCCAUGGUUCUAUCAACCUUGGCGGAUGGAUCUACAGCCUGGAUCUCUUCGGCAUCAGCGCGUAACGCUAAGUCGGUUAUCAAUGACGAGAACUUACCGUUCGAGGAAUUUUGUCAGGCAUGUCCUCGCUUUCUAGUUGCCUUGGAAGAAGCGAACUGGCCGGAAGAUCGAAUCAGAAUGAUGGCACUGUUCUGGAGGAACAUACAAGUGCACAAGUAUCGUUCUUUGCGAGAUCCAAUAGCGCAAAAGACUCUUUUGGUCUAUCAGGCCGAGCAACGCAGACGCUGGCACGUAGCAGCGAAAUCCUCGACAGGACCAUAUAACAUUUCGACGGUUAAUGAAAAAGUACUGGCAGACACGAGGGAGAAAGUAUACUGGGAAGAACGGCUCAAGAGAGACAACGCGCGCGAUUAUAAGGUCAGUUUAUAA